AUGGCGCUCGAAGUAGAAUCUGCUGACAUCAUUCGCCUCAUCAUGCAAUAUCUGAAGGAGAAUAAUUUGCAUCGUACAUUGGCAACACUGCAAGAGGAGUCGACCGUUUCUCUUCACACCGUGGAGAGCAUCGAGAGCUUCCUCGCUGACAUUAACAACGGUCGCUGGGACGUCGCGCUGCCUGCUAUUCAGUAUCUAAAACUCCCUGACAAAACUCUCAUUGACCUGUACGAACAGGUGGUGUUGGAGCUGAUUGAGCUGAGAGAGUUAGGUGCAGCGAGAUGUUUACUGAGACAGACUGACCCCAUGAUAAUGCUGAGACACACGCAGCCGGAGCGGUACACGCACCUGGAGACGCUGCUCACCUGUCCGCACUUCAACCCUCAAGAGGUGUAUCCGGAGGGCAACAGUAAACAGAAGAGGAGGUUUGCUAUUGCUCAGGCGCUGGCAGGAGAAGUCUGUUUGGUCCCGCCCUCUCGUCUCAUGGCUUUACUUGGUCAGUCUCUGAAAUGGCAGCAGCACCAGGGCCUGUUGCCUGCUGGGAUGUCUCUGGACCUGUUCCGGGGGAAAGGAGCCGUGAAGGACCAGGAUGAAGAGCUCUUCCCAACCCAGCUCAGCCAUCUCAUAAAGUUUGGAGAGAAGUCUCAUGUGGAAUGUGCCAAGUUCUCUCCUGAUGGUCAGAGUCUCAUCACUGGCUCUGUCGAUGGCUUCAUCGAGGUUUGGAACUUCACUACUGGAAAGAUCCGGAAGGAUCUGAAGUACCAGGCGGACGAUCACUUUAUGAUGAUGGAUGAGGCUGUUCUGUGUUUGGGCCUGAGUCAUGACUCUGACCUGCUGGCGUCUGGAGCUCAGGACGGGAAAAUACAGGUGUGGAGAAUGAGGAGCGGACAGUGUUUGAGGAGGUUUGACCGUGCUCACAGUAAAGGCGUCACGUGUCUGUGCUUCUGUAAGGACAACAGUCAGAUCCUCAGUGCCUCCUUCGACCACAUCAUCAGAGUACAUGAUCUGAAAUCAGGAAAGGUACUUAAAGAGUUCAGAGGUCACACGUCCCAUGUGAACGACGCCAUCUUCAUGCAUAAUGACGAUUACAUCAUCAGCGGCUCUGCAGACGGCACCGUCAAGAUUUGGGAUGUGAGGAACACAGAAUGCAUGAGAACGGUCAAACCACCAGGAGGCGCAAAUGCAACCAUUACCGUCAACAACCUUGUCCCUCAUCCCAAAAACCCUGAGCACUUUGUGGUGUGUAACCGAUCGAACACUGUCGUCAUCAUGAACACACACGGUCAUGUGCUGAGGAGUUUUUGCUCAGGGAAGAGAGAGAGGGGGGACUUUGUGUGCUGUACACUGUCUCCUCGUGGUGAGUGGGUCUACUGUGUGGGAGAGGACUAUGUUCUGUACUGCUUCAGCACCAUCACCGGCAAACUGGAGAGGAACCUCUCGGUCCAUGAGAAGGAUGUGAUUGGCAUCUGUCAUCACCCUCAUCAGAACCUCAUCGCCACCUACAGUGAGGAUGGUCUGCUCAAACUCUGGACGCCGUGA